GUACAAGUUUGGAACGACAGAUAGAGACCACGCAUGAUCCAGUGAUGAGAGAAAAAUUGCGAGCUGAACGAAGAGAACACAAUAGCAGACAGAUGUUGGAAAGAAAGUACUAUUACACAAAGAAAAAUGCUGCAAAGACAUCCCCAUCACAAUAUCUAAGCUUAAUUAUAGAUGGAAUGGAUCAGUCAAAAACGAAUCUUCCUCAUUUUGUUGGUCGAAUGGCAAAGGCUGUGAAUAAAGUUGACCAACUAACGACACAUGUCACCGGAGUUUUAGCUCAUGGACAAAAUAAAUUUUUCACCUUUCUCGACUGGAACCAAUAUGCGCACGACUCUAAUCUGACCAUGAAUAUCCUUAUGCUAAUUCUUCACCAGAUUUCAAAACUUAUGGGUAACAAGUUACCGCCUAUUUUGUACUUGCAAGCAGAUAAUUGUUGGCGGGAAAAUAAAAAUCGAUAUGUAUUGGGUUUUUGUGAACUCCUUGUUCACCAACGUAUUUUCAAUGAGGUGCAUUUAUCAAUUUUACCAGUAGGACAUCCACACGAAGAUGUGGAUGCCGCUUUUAGUCGAAUAGCUGAAACUCUUCGUAGAAAUGAUGCUGAAACAAUGCCUCGUCUGAAGGAGAUGCUUCCGAACGUUAAGGAUAUAGAGGCUAUUUAUGACAUUCGUUCAUGGAUAACAUCAAGCCUUAACGACAUUCGUAAGCAUACUUAACCUUUGCAUUAUAAGUUUAUCCGGGAUUUAGCAACAAAUAAUGUGAAAAUGCAGUACAAAGCUUUCCAAGACAGCGAAUGGAAAACUGAACAUGGCAUUAUUCAACUCAUUUCCGGAAAACCUAAUUUACCAAAGGGAAUACCACAAGUUAUCAAUCCUCUGUUCGAGAAGAUAGAUAUAAAUAAGAUCAAAUCUAGAAUACCACAUUGGCAAUGUCUUUUCACCGAUCAAAUAGAACAUACAGAGCAAAAGUGGUGGGGAGGAUUUCUUGGACAUCUAGAAAAAAUUAGAGACAGUUUGCCAUACAGAAG